AUGGAGCGCUGUUCCGGGCGCGGCCUUUCCCCUCGGUCUAUAAAGCUACGAGAAAUCCACUUCCACCGAACAUUCGCUCGCUGCUUCGUCACUCAUUUACUCACCAUGUGGCUGUUGUUUAUCCUCGCAGGUCUAUUGGCAGUUUCCGCCGAAAAGGAGACAGUCUCGAAUGUGGCCGAAAAAUCAUCGUCGUCUCCCACGGCGAGUGCAGAUGACAUCGUCAUGCUAGAGAUCGACGUAAAAGAACCUGCUAAGAGAUCACCUAUAUCAGCCAGUGGCGUGUAUGGAGCAUCACCAAGUCAAUACGUUAUUCGACACGGUGAUGAUGCUCAAGAGCUCUCACCGGAAUAUCUGUCGGUACUGCAGCAGUAUUCGCAAUCGCAGCCGCAAACGUUCGGACCAUCAACUGCAGCGCCACCGCCCCAACGCAGACCAUUGCCAGCUUAUGCUAGACAACAACAACAAUUGCAACAAGCCUAUCACAAUUAUCGAAAACCUACCGUAGUACCGCCAAGACCUCGAGCUCAACUUCAUCCUCAGGCUUUAGCUCAGGCUGAAGUAACAGCUCAAUUACAAGCUCAGAUCGAAGCUAGAAAUCGUGCAGAAGCUAUACACACAGCUCGUUUAAAUCCAAGUGGUACAUCGACUUAUCAAGUGGCAGCGUAUUCCGAACCGAAAUUGGGUACGUUCGAGCAAGAACUUCUUCAAUUGGUGUCAGCUAAUCAAGCUCAAGAAUUCAAGCUCGUUCCGACUCAGCCAAAAUCUGCUUUGAAAUCUGGCUAUGCAUCAGAAUAUUCUCAACAAUUGGUAAGUUAUCCGAGUCAGUAUUCUAAACCAGCAGCAGCAGCAUCACAAUUACCAGAACAAUAUCAUAUCGAAACAACGGCACAACGUUAUCAGCAACAGCCGGCAGCAGCUUAUCAAUCCGUCGAGGAACCAAUCCAAAUUCAAUACCAACCAGUGCAGUCGCUUCCGAUUCAAACGAAAGAGUUCAGACCUUCUCCUCAAUACCAAUAUGCCGAGGAUCAUAGUAAUCUGAAAGCCCAAGCUGAAGCCGAAGCUAUAGCUAGAGCUCAAGCGCACGCUCAAGCUCAAGCUUUAGCUUUCCAGAAGGUUGCUCAAGCUGCUCACAACAAACAUCAGCAGGAAGCUUUCCAACAGAUUCAAAUUGUAAACGAACGUCAUAGACAACAAAGUGCUUUGGAACAGAUACAACAGGGUACUCAGAUCAGUGACGCAGGACGAGCUCAUAUCGAGGAACAGUAUCAUCCGAAAAAUCCAGAGGCUGCUUACAGGGCACGUUUGAAGGCUCAAGCUCAAGCGGAAUUAGCCGAGGCUAGAAGAGCUCAAGAAGCUGCAGAAUAUAAGGCUCAUUCUGACGCCAUAUUGAAACUUCAAGCACAACAGCAGGCUCAUCUUAAAGCUCAAGAGGAAGCCCACAGAAACGCUUUGAAUUUUGAGAAGAAUCAGUUGCAAGCACAGGCUCAAGCUCAGGCUUUGGCACAAGCUCAAGCCGAAGCAUUGUAUAAGGCUCAUCAGCAAACACGAGCCAAAGCGAAUAGCGAGGUUGUUGCAGUGGCUAGAGCUCAAGCGGAAGCUAGAAAACAAGAUCCCGACAAUACUCCGGUAGUUCAAUAUCUCUUACCCAACAGUACACCUCUCCCAUCUCCAAACAGUUACUACACUAGCGAUGAAGUACAAAAGUAUCAAGCUUCUGGAUCAUCCUACGUUCCGAGAUCUGUCCCAAAAGACGAAGCACCUCCCUCCUUAACCGAGGAACUCCAACCUACGAUCACUCAGCCUCGACAAACUCACAAAUUAAAGAUACCAACUGCCUCGCCAUCCUCUGUUUACGUGUCUCAGUCAGGUCUAUUAAAAAAAGCCCCAAUUAAAUCAUUGACGAUUGAAGAAAUCAUCGAUCAGGACCAAAUCAAUGGACCCCAAGUCGUACGUAUUCCUACAUCUAAAGGACAUCAAACCUUGACUCAAGAAGACCUAUCAGCCCUUAUCCAAUCCGGUUACUCAGUUACUCCCAUUCCUCAAACCGUUAAACCUACCCAACAAACUUACAUCGGAGAAAACUCAUCAGCUGGAUAUUACUUGAAAAAACAAAGAAAUCCAGUUGCUAGGCCUGAAUAUAUCACCUACGAAGAUACAAUCCCUCAAGGUCGUAAACCAACCAGAAAGAAUAGACCAAUUUUAAAGCCUCAAGGUAGCGAAGCUGAGGCUAGCGAAAAAGUUACCUAUCUGAUACCUUUGGAACCAGAAUUUGGAACCAAACAACCAUUGGUUAGACGUGUUCAAGAAUGAAAAUCGUAUAUCUAUCGUCGUUCUUAUUGUUUUUAUCCAACGUUAAUGGAUAAAAUCGGUAAUGGAACGAAACCGAAAUUGAUGAUAUUAGAAAAAAAAAAGAAUUUAUACAAAUUAUCGAAAUGAUUGAAUUGAAUUAGAGAGAGAAAAAAAGUCUAAAUUAUAAAAUUCUUGAAUGAAGUUUAUUAUUACCGAUAGUAUCCAUACGUUUUCUUUUUUAAACUAUCUUGACACUUCCUUAAACGUUCGUACGCAUACAGAGCACAACCAUACACGUAUAAUCUUUCCACCCCCACGUCUCUAAUAAUAUGACGAAAUUAUAUACAAAUAGUCCAUUUUCUUUUUAUAUCACCCGCUAUGACAAUAACGAUUAUAUCAUUUGUGGUCACAACUGGUAUAACAUAAUGGCUUUUUUGGAUAAUUAUCUUCCUUGCAAUUUCGAGCUCCUAUACUUUCUUUUUUUUUUUUUUUUUGUAUGCGCGUAUGAGUGUAUGUGCGUGAUUAUUAUUCUUUCUCUUAAAUUGUUUGCUUAUACCUUUACACAUUUAUCCGUUACAGCAUUUCGCAAUAAUUUACUUUCAAUUACUAUUCCUUGUCGUUCAACUCCGUUCAAACGGAUGUUAAUUUAAUAAAUGAAAUACAAAAUAUUGCCAAUACAUCCAUAAAAAAGAACGAGCAUAACUCGUUAUCGAUCAAACAUAUGACCAAUACAGAACAUUUUAUAAAACUAAUCUAAAAGUUUGAACGAAUUUGGAAAAAAUCUUCUACAAAAAUAAUGAUGAUAAUUACUAUUAUUAUCAUUAUUUCUAUUAUAAAUAUAAUUAUAAUAAUAAUUAUUAUUAUUAUUAUAUAUCUGUAGAUGGUAAGUGUGCUGACGGUGCUGAGUCGGAUGAUUUAUUAAUUUAUAUUCAUUUUGUAAAUAUUAGAUUUUUUAAACGAAUAAAAAUGUUUGAAAAUCCA